AUGCGUCUUUUCCAAUUGCAGCAGCCCCUGAGGGCCGCUGCCGCCGGUCUCCUGCGGACGACCGCCCCGAUCCAGUCCUCGACGUCGACCGCCGCGCAGCUGCUCCGGGCCGACGCCGCCAACGCCCUCGUGGCCGGACGCAGAUACGCCUCCGUCAAGUCGCAGGGUGCCUACAAGCUCGCGCCCAAGCGUACGAUACCGAAGAAGCUGGGAGCCAAGCGCACGGGUGACCAGUAUGUCAUCCCCGGCAACAUCAUCUACAAGCAGCGCGGCUCCCUCUGGUGGCCCGGCGAGAACUGCAUCAUGGGCCGCGACCACACGAUCCACGCCAUGGCCACGGGCUACGUCAAAUACUACCGCGAUCCCGCGCGCCACCCAGACCGCAAGUACAUCGGCGUCGUCUUCAACAAGGACGACGUCCUGCCCUACCCGACGCACGCCGAGCGCAAGCGCAAGCUCAACAUGUCUGCGCACCCGAUCGUCAAGCCCGCCGAGACGCCCGCCGUCUCCGCCUCGGGCAUCCCGACCCAGAUUGUCCGGCCCUCGGCCCGGACGGCCAAAGGCGCGCCGACGGAGCCGGCGAGGGUGCUGAAGCUGCGCGACGACUACUCGUACCGCGAGGACAACUGGCGCAUCGGACGGCUCGUGAAGCUCCGCGUCGGGGGCAUGAGCCGCAAGGCCAAGCUGCGGCAGAGGCGGUACGCCAAGGAGCGCACGAUGGCCGGGCAGCGCGCGGCGCAGGCCAAGUUCGCGGCGAUGGAGGUGGACGAGUGGACGAUUGCGGCGUCCAAGAGGCUGCAGGAGCAGAGGAACGCCGCCGUCGUGGCCAAGAACAAGAAGAGCAAGCAGAAGGCGCAGAAGCAGGCCAAGAAGGCCGGCAAGGCCAAGCGGUAA